AAGCCGAUUUUGCUCGUCUCAAUUCCUGAUUUUCCUCGGUCGCGCAAGUGGUCGAAUGCGCGCGUCGCGACUCACUCACCAGCACACGCGCCCUCCCCAAACACUCUUCCCCUCUCUCUGCGUCUCAAUUGUUUACUCCCCCGUAAACAACCCAUUGUUUCGCUCUUCCUACCCAAAUCUGCAUCGUUUUUUGCACAUCUUGCAACCAUGGCCAGAGUUACCAGGUCUGACCUCACUGCAGACAAAAUGCCUAAGGAGAAGUCCACCCGCAAGGCCGCCGAAAAGCCCCGCGUCCAGCGCCGCAAGAAGGACCCCAACGCCCCCAAGCGUGGCCUCUCUGCCUACAUGUUCUUCGCCAAUGACAACCGCGACAAGGUCCGCGAGGAGAACCCCGGCAUCAGCUUCGGCCAGGUUGGCAAGCAGCUCGGUGACAAGUGGAAGGCUCUGAGCACCAAUGAGCGCAAGCCCUACGAUGACAAGGCUGCCGCUGACAAGAAGCGCUACGAAGAGGAGAAGGCUGCUUACCUCGCUAAGGCUGAUGAGGAAGAGGAUGAGGAGUCCUCUUAAAUGCCAUUCUCGCAUUUUCACUUCGUCUUCGGCCUCAAGGUGUUUCUAGUUUUCAUGGAUUUUCCCCUGGUUUCUUAUUUCGGAUGGUUUCGUGCACGGCUUUUGGGUUAGGAUGACGGAGGGGUUUUUAUUUGCUUCUGACGGUUCCCCUGCUUUUAUCAAAGGCUAUUAACUUAUCAAUGGGAAAUCUGAUCCUUUAAACUGGU